UGCGGAUCUAUUUCACUGUGACACCUCACUGCGGAGCUGACGGAGAUAUUUCACUGAGGCACCUCAACAUGGCGCUGGAAGACCGAAUCACACCGAGCCGCGAAAACUGCGACUAUACGAGCUGUUACUGUGAGGAAAAUGUUUGGCGUCUCUGUGAGCUCGUCCGGAGAGAGAGAGCGGCUCAGCUGGAGGACAUGUUUGUAGUUUUUAUCUCCAAUGAGAAACGGACGGUUCCUCUCUGGAGGCAGAUGUCUGGACGGGAGGGUCAGCCGGUCGUCUGGGAUUACCACGUGGUGCUGCUGCAGACGGGGUGCCGCUCUUCUUCUGUGGUAUAUGAUCUGGACUCUGAGCUGCCGUUUCCCUGCAGCCUGCAGCUGUACGCCGCCGAGGCCCUGAGGUCAGACUGUGGCAUCAUACCCGCGUACCACAGGAAGUUGCGUGUUGUUCCCGCUCAAAGCUUCCUGUCGAACUUUGCGUCCGAUCGAUCGCACAUGAAGGACUCUGACGGCUCUUGGAAGAUGCCCCCCCCACCCUACCCCCCCAUACACACCACAGAGAACCAGAUGAACCUGGAUGACUUCAUCAGUAUGCGCCCUGCUGUUGGCUGGGGGCGGGUUCUUAGUCUGGAUGAGUUCCUGCAGAGACACCUGGGAGGGGCCUCACCUUCAUCACCAUCUUCAGCAGCUUUAUCUUUGUCUCCCUAGUGCCAAUAGAGUUUUGGGGGUAUAUCCCAGUUUAGUACCAUACAGUGAUCAUCAUGUUUUUGUUAUCAUAAAUAUUAUUUAUAUUCUUGCUUUUGUCCCCAGUGAUUGGCUGUCAAUCUGUUGUUUACAGUUGACUGUUUGUAAACGUUAGGGUCAGAGGUCUGACUGAAACAUGUUGCUGUUUGUAUUAAGUGUGUGUAAAUAAACCUGUGUUUAUGAUGA